AUGCGUGUCGUUGUUGGAAUUGUCUUGAAUAACAUCGCCGUCUUGGCUGCAGCCAGCCAUGGUCACGGCAAAUAUCAUGCUUGCUUUGAUGGCUUUAAAUGCGCCCGUCUAAUCGCCCCAUUGGAUUAUAAAAAUGAUAGCGACUUGCGAACUGUCGCUAUCGCCAUGAUCAAGUUACCAGCCGUCGUAUCAAACGAUGAUCCGGCAUUUGCAGGCUCCGUCUUCACUAACCCAGGCGGCCCUGGAGGAGCAGGCGUUGGUUUUAUACUAAGGGCCGGGAAAGGUUUACGAGAUGUCCUCGACAAGCCCGGCCUUCGCCACUACGAAAUCGUUUCAUUUGACCCUCGUGGUAUUGGCAAUAGUUGGCCUCGCGCUAACUGCUUCGUACAUGACACGCUGCGCCGCGAUGCCAUCUUCUUAGAGCUGCGAGGCCGAGGAUCCCUCGACGGCUAUGGAGGCACCAACGACGUAGAAGCGAAUGGCAUCAACGGCGGCCAGAUUAUGGCCUACAUGGGUACGCCUAAUGUUGCCCGCGACAUGGUUCACAUGGUGGACAAGAUUGCAGAACUCCGGGCCCGCGAUGCCAUUUAUCGAAAGAGCGGCGGCGAUAAUGGAGAAGACCAUGUAGAACUAAAACGGGAAAUGAAUAAAGAAGACGACGAUAUUCCUCGAUUGCAGUAUAUCGGCUACUCCUACGGCACAGUCCUCGGAAUCUACUUUGCGUCCUUGUUUCCAGGUCGCGUUGGAAGGAUUGCUCUCGACGGCUUGGUUGAUGUUAAUGAUUACUCUUCGGGACCUGGCUGGAUGACCAACCUUGUAGAUACAGAUAAAAUUGCCGACCGAUUUUUCAGUGGAUGCCACGAGGUUGGCCACAAGAUCUGCGCCCUCUCCAGCAAUGGCGAUAAUCGCUUCUACUCGUGGCUGUCAAAGCUGGAUGAAGAACCAAUUUCCACAAUCGGCCCUUCUGGUGAGAUCAUUAUUAUCAAGAGCCAGGAUAUUCGCGAGAUGCUGGGCGCGGCGCUCUACAGGCCUCGCAGCUCUUUUAUAAACCUUGCAGCAGCACUCGACGGUGCCAUGAGUGGAGAUACUGCCGCCAUUGUAAAGAUUCUGUUUCAACGCCACAUUCCUCAUCUAGACGACGAUUGCGCUAUCGACAACAUUGACUCGGAAGCUUACCUGCAAGAAGGUACCGCCAGCGUGCUCUGCGCUGAUGGGGAUAAUGUAUCGGACUAUGAUAUUGCAUGGUGGAAGCAGUAUAUUAAUGACCAGAUCAACACAUCGUCUAUCUUUGGCGCCUACUGGUCUAAUAUCCGAAUGGCGUACAACUCCUGGAAUUUCCGGCCUAACUGGAUUUUUAAAGGACCAUUCACCACUCCUCCAGUUGUACAUUCCGCCUCCGGGAAUCCUGUUUCUGGCCACCCUGCCGCCCCCAUCCUGUUCAUCUCAAACCGCCACGAUCCCGUAACUCCUCUAAGUGCCGCGCGUGCUAUGGCUGUCCAACAUCCUGGAGCGAGCCUUAUAAUCACAGAGGGGCUUGGGCACGGUACUAUGGGCACCAGUGAUAGUACAUGUCUGCACAAUUAUGUGGCCGAUUAUUUUGACAUUGGCGUUGUGCCGGCCGGUGAGGUUACGUGUAUACCAGAUUGCGGUCCUUGGGAUAUAGACUGUGAUACUUUUGGGGUCGAAUUUAUGCCUGAUAAUAACCAUGGCUAUGGUAGAGGCCCUUUAGCAUUUUAA